AUGGUUGCUAAAAAGAGAAACACACUUAGAGGCAAAGCAAGUGCAAGAAACAGCCAAAAAAUUGGAGCAGAUGCGGCGAACGAUGGCAUUGUUGACGAGAAGUAUGAAUUAGAAUCUGAUCCAAGGGCCUUUUUGCACCAACCUAAAGAAACCAAGAAGGAAAAACUGCUUAACAGACAGAACACAUUCUUAUCCAACUUGAAGGUAAAAUCUACACUAGGCGACGGCAUGAGUGCCAAUUUCGAUGGUAUAUCUAAAUCUUCCAUUAGACGUAGGAAAAGGAAGCUAAGAGAAGAACUAAAACCAAGAAUGCAAGAUCUGCUCACUUCUUUAGAGCAAGAAAAGGAUUUACAGGGCAUUAUUGAUAACACUAGUAAGAACAUAAAUGACGAUGAUGUCAUUGAUAUGGAUUCUAAAAUAAGGUUUGUGGACACAAAUGAAAUCCGCUCGAAGAAGGCAGAACCCGGAUCUAUUAGGAUAAAGAAGAAUCAGCCAAAUAUCAGAAAUCAAAAGGGUGCAAAGGCGCUUGCUGCUAACGAAACUGCAAGAUUUAAUCAGGUUCUAACCAACCAAGAGUUCCAAAAAAAUCCAUUUAGUGCCCUAAGAGAAGUUAUCAAGCUGCAAAAACAAUGA